GGGGCCAAAAAUGAGAUUUUCCAUAAAUUAAUUAUCGUCCUCCAAAGGCAAAUCACAGUGAGGCCACUGAAGUGCUGUGCAGCUUAACGCGGCACAUCUCAGCAAAAUACACACCGAACACGCAGUGAGCGUGAAAAUGGCGACGGUGAAGAAAAUGCUCGAGAGAGUCCUCUCGCCGCGGCGGCCGCCGCACGCCAGCGAGGACGUCGGGAAAGCGGAGGACAAUGGAGGCAACGAAGCAGGGGACGAGUCCAAGACGCGAAAGCACAUGCCAGCUGCCGUGUGGAUCGCCAAUUAUCUGACUCGAAACGGAUACCUGUGGCCCAUUAUUCUGAUCGGGCUAAUUGUCGUUGCCAUAUUGUCCGCGAUUAUCCACUCGCGAGAUUUGGUCUGCAUCUCGGCCUCAUCCGCUGAUCACAUAUCGCGGUUGAAGUUCUUCGGAUUUGAUGGUUUGGAGUCGGAUUUUGGAUCCCUCGGUGUGCCCUGGUGCAGAUCGAAACACGGUAAGAAUGUGGAAUGGACAUCCAAGGAUUUGCUCAGAGGUCUUGAGGAGUUUGUGCCAAUCUACGAGACCCGGCCCAUUCAGAACAACAUGUAUGGGAUGGGCUUCGACCACAGUUUCGGGCUUUGGUUUAUCACAAAGUGGUUGCAACCAGACUUGAUGAUUGAGAGUGGUGCCUUUAAAGGACACUCUACAUGGGUUUUGAGGCAAGCAAUGCCCGAUAAACACAUCGUCUCACUUUCGCCACGUCAUCCAGAGAAAUACUUGAAGAAGGGUCCUGCUUAUGUUGAUUCGAACUGCACGUAUUUUGCUGGAAAAGAUUUUGUGGAUUUUGGUAGCAUGGAAUGGGGAAGGUUGAUGAGGAAGCACGGGAUUAAAGACCGAAGUCGGGUUCUUGUCUUCUUUGAUGACCACCAAAAUGAACUAAAAAGAAGAUUAAAGCAAGCACUGAAAGCUGGUUUCAAGCAUCUAGUUUUUGAGGAUAAUUAUGAUACUGGAACUGACAGCGACGAGGCCAGGAUAAGACACAGACGAAAGAAAUUCUGGGAAAAAGCUGUCGACAUAAACGAGCUGUGUGGGCCCGGAGAAGAAUGGUGGGGCGUGAGAGGGUACAUGCGGGACGAUUUUAACCACAGCAACAAACCAAUAUCUUACAAUGAACAUUUUCAGAACAGCAGAUUUGUCGAGUCAGUUCUCCAUGUGUACUGGGAGUUGCCGCCAGUUGCGGGCCCAUCUCUCACACAUCAGACAAGAUAUGACCCGGCCCGCACCCCUAGCCCGAUUGUGGAAGAUGGUAAGUACGGUUUAUUUCGAAGGCUUGGGUUAUUACAGUUUGAUCCUUCUGUAUUUAACGGGUAUACGCAGAUGGUGUAUCUUCAGGUGUCUAAACCGGUAACAUGAUAUUUUCUGCCUUGAGUUUUUGUUACCUUUCUACAGCUCUGUGUAAACUUUGGAUAUGUUUAUAUAUGAAUGUGUUUUGAAGUGGUUGUAGGAUUUUUACUUGUUUUUCUGGUGUUCUUGCUUUGUACUUUUUUGGUAUGGAAAGCGAAAGACAGUUUUUGUUAUUCUCUGCUGCUGCUUUUGCUGUUUUUGUUUGGC